GUCAGUGAGUUGGGUACUUUUUGUGAUGGAAUCUGAUCUUUUAAAUGAAACCAUGAAGAGUUCUGGAUAAAUUAACUUGUAAAAUUUCAGUCAUUUAAAUCGUUGUCACUCUCAGAUUUCUUCAUAGUCUCAUUUAAAAGAUCAAGGUCCGUCACAAAAAGUGCUCAACUUAUCAAACUUUUUCAUUUGGCAUAAUAUAGCUGGGGUAUGAGUGGAAAACUUUUAUAGGACCGAUUUAUCUAACAGCAGUCUCUCUUGUCUAAUUUACUAUAUAAAAAUAAUCCCGGAUUCAAAGAAAAAAGGGACAAUCAAUAAUCAUCGCAUUAGUAUAGAUAAUCUUAACGCACAAAUACUCUAAACAAAAAUUUCCAUGCAACUCGUAUGAUUAAAUAAUCAACAAACCGUAUCUUGUAAAACUAUUUAAGUCCUGAAAUAUCAGGACGAGAAUUUUCGUCGUCCGUACUCAAAGGGUUAAAAUACAUAUGUAUAUAAGAAAAUCUACUUCGCUGUCUUUCUGUCUCAAAUAUCUGAGAUAUAUACAAAUAGGUAUGAUUUUCCUACUAUCUAGCAAAUACCAAUAAUAAUGUAUCUUGUAAUAAAACAUAAAAAUAAGUUAAGAAAAGACGAUAAUUCAGAUGAAGUGGAGAAGAACAGAGAUGUACCUGACUAGACGAGAACAACAAUGAGGAAAACAUGAAAUAAAAAAAAAGAACAAGAAAAAGAACGAUAAAUAGACCAUAGCGCAUAUAUAAGUGAUAAUCGGUGAAAUUGAUUCAUAACUAAAAUGUCUCAUUUGAGUGAUAUUGAACGAACACAAAUAAUAAUGGAAAGGGAAAGAGAUGGAACCAAGAUAUCAAUUAUUGCAAGGGAUCAUAACUGUGCAUCUUCUACGGUGAGGAAAGUAAUUCAAUCAUAUAUUUCUCAUUCUUUACGUGAAAUUCAAGAGAGAGCAAACCAAUAGUUUUUUUAUAUUAUGUAACUAAUUUUGUUGUUCUAUAUCUCUAUAUUGCACAAUUAUAUAAUAAACAUAUGCCUAUAAAUAGCUUCAUUUUUGUUAUUGAUGAAACAAAUUUUGUCCUAAAAAAAUCGUGGUCGAUAUUUUUUAGAUAGUAGGAAAAUCAUACCUAUUUGUAGGUAUCUCAGAUAUUUGAGACAGAAAGUCAGUGAAGUAGAUUUUCUUAUAUACAUAUGUAUUUUAACACACGCUUUAUCUAUAUAUAAAAAAAUUAAAGAUAUAGCAUUGAACUACAGAGGAGAACGAGUUAAUAGAAAAAGGCCGUUUUUUUGUCCGGGGGAGAUUAUAAAGACUUGUGAUUGGAAAGCCAGCAAAUUUUUUUUUCGAUACCUGAGGGAGACCUCAAGUAUCAAAACUUGAGUUGUGAUCAUGUGGAAUAGAGAAUUAUGAAGAAUAUUCAGAGUUCGAUGCUGACUCCCAAAGUAAUAAAAUCAGGUUUAACUUUUCAGGGCCUCCGAUCCGUAAUUCGAUGCAACUUUUGACGUAUUUGAGCGUGAUUAAUGUGUGAUAAUAAACUAAUAAAUGAAUAAGCAUCAACUACAUGCUUUACUUUAUCUUAUUUUACUAUAUCUUGCUUGUUCGAUAAAGUUAGAGAUAUGUCACUUUACUUUACUUUACUUUACUUUUCGGAUAAAAUAGAUCUACUUUACUUUACCCGAUAAAGUAAAGUAAGUUACUUUACUUUACUUUAACAAAGUGAAAUAAAGAUAAAGUGCCACCCCUACUUCAGAUUCGAUAAACCAUCUGUUUACUCUAUUCAUCAGCGUCAUUACAAUUUUCUCUUUGUUUGUUGAAUUAUAGGUCGAAACAAGACUUUUGGAAUUAGUCAGAGAACAGCGACAAAAAUUAAAUGAUUUAAUAUCUAAUGUUUUUGAUCAGUCACUGGAAGGUUUAAAUGAAAUAAAGAAAAAAGUUGAAGAUUUACAAAAGCGACAUGCAUGGUACCACUCUAAUGUCUACCAAUUACAUCAAUUAAAAAGUGACCUAAUAUCUAUCCAACAAAAGUAUGAUGAACGUAUUGGUCAAAUUUUGAUUGAACUUCAACGACAGAAAGAGGGUGCAAAAGAAAUAAUUUCGAAUGCACUUCAGCUACUUGAAGCAAUUAUUGGUACAAAAAGAACUAAAAAUUAUCUUAAUGAAUUGACCAAAGAUGUUGACAAUCUGAUUCGUGGUAUACAGCGAAUAACUACAUUAGGAACUAUUAUUGCAGUUCAUGGUCUAUUCGGUAUAAUUGCAUUAGCAAUUAGUAUGCAAACUGUUGGAUGGCAAUGUGGUAUAGCAACAUUGGGUAUAGGAGCGGUAGUAGCUGGUACAAUUAGUGAAGUAACAUUUAAAGCCAAAAUAUCAGAUUUAAUUUCUAAUCUGACAAAAGAAAUCGGAAUUGUAGAAUGUGAAAAACCCAAACGCUUAAAAAUGCUUGAUUAUUACUUCGAAGGUUUUGAAAAGAAAUUAUUCUAUAAUAACAAAAAUAAUUUAAUCGAAAAAAUUGUUUGGUAUGAUAAACAAAUAAAAAACCGAAUAAAUCAAUAUCAUGUUAAAAAAUUAACAGAAGAAUUUUUACCAGAAACUUAUACAGUGUUACAAAUGGAUACUAAAAUUGAUCUAAUUGAAUUGAUUAUAUCCGAUGUAGAAAAUAAUUUUAUUUUAAUUACAUCAGGAUCAAAUGGAGAAGAAAUCAUAUCCGAAAUUGGAUCGUUUUGGAAUAUUAAUGGUAUAAUCAUAUUUUGUGGACGAGUAGAACAUCAUCAAUCAUGGGCGUGUAAAUAUAAAAAAGUAUUGCUUGUUACAGAUCAAUUUGAUAAAGUAAUACAACAAAUAAAAGCUAUACAAUGUGGUGAAAUUUAUUUCUUAAAAUUUGGUUUUACAUUGGAUGAUAUAAAAUUAAAGUUAAAAGAUGUAAACUAUUAUUUAUAUAAUGGUUUUAUGACUACAGAUUUUUCAACUAUCAACUCAAAUAUUGAUUAUCAUAAAAAUAUUAUGCAUCAACUACAUGAUUUAUUAAUAUCAAAAAAUAUUUAUCCAAAUGGUAUUCCAACUCAUUUUACAAUAGAAAAUCUAUUAAAAUGUGCUGAAAUGUUUGUAGAAGCUUUAAAAGGAAUCAAUCCAGAAAAAAAUAUCAUAUAUCUUUAUUCAUUACAAAAGCCAUAUUACUAUAAAAUAAUUAAUGAUAUUCUUAAUUUAUUAGAUGAAGAAUUAUUAUCAUUAGUUGGAGACUAUAUUAAAGCAUUACGAUAUGCUUUAUUAAAAUAUUCAGAUACAAGCAACAAACUAUCGAGUAUAACAAAUGUCAAAUUGUACAGAUGA